AUGCAGAUACGAGUAAGCCCCAAAAAGAAUACUACACGCACUAUUACAAAUGAACAUAUGGUGAUGAGUGUGUUGAAGAAAACAAUUACUGAACUUCGGACUGUUGGAAUUAUCGGGUUCCAUUUCAAUGGUACGGUGGGGGACGUGGAUGUGGGUAACCGUGAGAAAAUUCUGAAAUUCAUCAGAGGUAUAGGUCCCCAGUAUCAAUUUGUGACCAGCGAGAGGACCAUAAUUCGAUGGGAGCUACUGGAUGGUGAGAGAUGGCCACUCGAGCGCAUGGCAGAUGACGAGGUCAUAGAGUAA